AACACCGCCGCCAUGUACAACCUCGUCAUCUUCGACUUUGAUGGCACCAUCUUCGACACCUACGAUGCCAUCGAGCACUCCAUCCAAUUGACCUUCCAGCAGCUGCUGCCCUCCCACCCGACCCCCUGCCCCGCGACAUCCGCGCUCUCCGACACCUUCCGCAGUCUGCACCCCGAUCCCACCACCUUCGACGAGUCUGCAUGGAUCACUACCUACCGGGGGAUCUAUGAUAUCCAUGGCCAGUCCCAGACCCGACCGUAUCCCGCCGCCCGGCAGGUCCUCGAAUCCCUACAUGCUCGGAAGGUGCCCAUCGCCAUCAUCAGCAACAAGGUCGCGGUGGCGGUGAAGGCCGCCUUGGAGAAGACCGACCUGCUGCAAUACUUUCCCGAUUCCCUCAUCCUGGGCCAGGGUCUUGCCGGAGUGCAGCGCAAGCCGGACCCGUCCAGCUUCACCGAGGUUCUGUGGCCCAACUUGCAGGCCCUGGGGACGGAGGGCGGCCUGGACGUAAGCAAGGUACUGAUGGUGGGCGACACCUUGACGGAUAUCCAUUACGCGAAAAACAUUGGGGUCAAAUCAUGCUGGUGUCGCUAUGGACAGGGCGACCCGGAGGAGUGCGAGAGGCUGGAGCCGGAUCAUAUCAUUGAUACAUUUGAGGAUGUACUCAAGGUGGUGGAGGGGACGAUUUAAUCGGCCGAUGCCCUUGGGUUUCAGUGGCUAGACGGUGCCGUAGAUGGCAGGCCUAUCAUGAUGGAUCAGGGUAUGGACCCGGGUGCCCCGACUGAGAUGCCUUGAUUGCUGCAGUGCCAUCACAGAUCCUUGCAGACCCGUCCAGGGCCCCAGUGACAAAUUGGAUAUUCUGGGGUCGCUCCUCGGUGGUGAUAUGCGCUUGCACGAGUACCAUCCAGUAGGGCCCCCUUGGGUGCCAUUGUAAUGCAGCACUUGCAAGUGCUCGGCAGGCGACCCUGACGUGUUGGACCCUUGGUUCGGAGUGGUCAGAUGGUGGCAUUGGCCUUGUAUAAACCUCAAUAGUGAGAUAGAGUAACCGGGGUGGCGCGGAGACCGGCCGAAGCGUGGAG